GCGAGUCACCGUUUACGGCCCUGGUCUCGAAGAGCGUUUGCAGUUGUAUUCAGGCAGUAGUCGUCUCAGAAGCCGGAACGUUUCGUGUGCACGUCGCAGGCGAAAAAGUUACGCACCAACACGUAGAGCAACCAAGAAGAAUAAUCCAGCAAACAUAUAAUCGUUCGACGACAGGAAUCUAUUACUUGUCAUCGAGCAGGGAAAAAGAUCAGCAAGCAAGCAGAAGCAUCGGCACGGUGUCACGUCGACACGACUGACCGUUUCGACGACCGACUUUCGUAGGCGACAUCGUAGAAAGACGUAAAACGAGACACUGGGGUGCACCCGACAGGGCGAUCCAUCUGUCUCGAUACAUCUACGAGAACAACCGUUCAAUUUUCACGCUAGAAGGCGGCCGUCCAGCAGGGCGAUACCAUUUUAUAUGACUUUUCUUCGACGUCAAGUUCUUCCACGAUCCAGAACCGUGAGAGAAUCGUGGUAAACAGAGGUUCCUGUUAUACGUACACACGCGAAGAAAGAGAGAAAAGAAAAUAGAAGGGGCGCGACCGUUUUUCGGGGGCCAGAGAUCACAGCUCUUCCUCGAUCUUAAACUCUCAGCGAGAGGAAGCGAGAGGCGAGAGGAACGAACGUAGGGAAGACGACCAACACACCAACCAAGCAGCUGCAGCCACGGUCGCAAAUCACGACUUAUGCGUCUGUACCGAGCAGAAACAUCCAGGAUAUCAUCCAGAGGGAAAGGAUCGGUGUACAGCAAAGGCGGCGGUAGUAGGACAUUGUCCAAGCGAUUUCUAAACGGCAACAUCAUCACCUUCGGUCGGUCGAAUCGUUCGUUACGAGCCAUCUGUGAGUUAACCACACCAACCUGGUACCCAGGCUUUCUUAGGGGCACAAGCGACGGACAGGCAGCGUGUAUGAUCAUUGAAGACUAUCCCCCUCUGCCCACCAAACCGAGGCAAUAUCUGCAUCAAGAUACCACCCAACGAUUUCUGAACCAUCUGGUCCUGCCUAAGCACAGGACCUCAAAAUUUUCCAGUAAUAGGCAUCGAAAGCUACAGCCGUUCAGAGAAACGUGACUGGCGUCCGCGGGUAGUGCGGCACACGUAACCGCAGACAACGAAAAUCACCCUGACUCGACACGUAACGAGCUACCAUCGGGUAGCCAUUGCCUGGCAACGUCGCUGCACAGCAAUCAAACUGCCGCUGGAAAACGUGGAAAGUAGAUCCAGAAGGACGAGGACGAAAACGUUACCUACUUGAACAUCCGAGAGGAAAAGGGCCGGGAGAUCCAGACAGAAAAAAGAGAGGCAAUAGCGAUCAGGAAGAAGCUUUGGGCAGCUUCGAAACAGUUCGACUCUCGUGUCACUGAUUCAAUAACGCGUUCACAACGACGUCUCGUCAGAGAUUGCUGUUGUCGCACGGUAGGGAUAUUAAGUUAGCGAGAAACAAAAGGCGGAAACAUCAUCAUGGGGAGCGUCAACGUAAAUCGUAACGUCAGCGAUGCAUUUUAUCGCUAUAAAAUGCCGCGGAUCCAAGCCAAGGUAGAAGGAAAGGGGAAUGGUAUUAAAACCGUGAUCGUAAACAUGGUCGACGUUGCAAAAGCUAUUGGCAGACCCGCUACCUACCCCACCAAAUACUUUGGCUGUGAGCUAGGAGCACAGACCCAAUUUGAUUUCAAAAACGAAAGAUUCAUAGUGAAUGGUUCUCACGAUGCCACCAAAUUACAGGAUCUCCUUGACGGAUUCAUUCGUAAAUACGUGCUCUGCCCGGCCUGCGAUAACCCUGAAACAGAGCUGAUGGUCAGCUCGAAGAAAGGGACGAUCUCACAGGGGUGCAAAGCAUGCGGUUAUCACGGUCUACUUGAAAGUAAUCAUAAAUUGAAUACCUACAUCCUGAAGAAUCCACCGAGCUUGAAUCCUGCGGUUCAAGGCAGCUCAUUAACUGAGGGGAAACGCGGGAAACGCUCGAAACGCGCAAACGGCGAGACCAAUACUAGCACCACCAAUGCCACCAACACCACCAUCGCGACAACAAAUGGUGAUCGAUCUGGUUCUCCGGAGAAUGAUAUUAGCACCACGGACAUCGUGGUCGAGGCUCCUGAGAAAGUGGCCGACGAGAGCGGAGACUAUGAUAAUUGGGCAGUGGACGUGUCAGAGGAGGCGGUCAGAGCCCGUCUACAGGAUCUAACAGACGGGGCGAAGGGAAUGACCAUCACCGAUGAUCUCGAUAAGACUGAGAAGGAAAGGAUGGAUAUGUUUUAUAAGUUAGUCAAAUGUCGUCGCGACGCUGGGCAAUUGGAUAACCACAAGGAGCUGGUUGCAGAGGCUGAACGUCUGGAGAUCAAGACGAAGGCGCCGUUGAUCUUGGCCGAACUGCUCUUCGAUCAGAACAUCGCUGCUCAGGCCAAAAAGUAUCGAGUGCUUCUCCUUCGUUUCACCCAUGAUGAUAUCAAGGCGCAGAAAUACCUUAUUAGAGGUAUUGAACAAGUGAUAGCUCUUCAUAAAGACGCUUUAAUGCCAAAAGUGCCUGGUAUUUUAAAGCUCUUUUAUGAUGCUGAUAUCCUGGAAGAAAAAGCUUUGUUCGAGUGGUCGAGCAAAGUGACCAAAAGAUACGUAUCAAAAGAUUUGUCCCAAGAAAUUCAUGAUAAAGCUGCACCGUUUAUAAUCUGGCUGAAAGAAGCAGAGGAAGAAGAUUCUGAAUCUGAAGAAGAAGAUGACGAUUUGGAGAUUGAAUACGAUGAUAGAGCCAAACAAUCGCUAAAACCACAACAGCCACUGCCUGUGCAGAAACCUGCAGUAGUAAACGAAGACUCGGAUGAUGAAGAUGAUUUUGAUAUCGAUGCCAUUUAAAGACGAAUGACGAUGCUCAGUAGUCGGACAUGAA